GUUUACUGGUGACCCUGUGGAGGCAGGAGUGUUGAGUCUGUCGGCUCCAUCAGGACGUCCAGCUGCUCUGCAUACCUCCCAUCGCCUCCGCUGCCUCCAUCCAUCACUGCGGUUCCCAGCUGGAUGGGCCUCUGCUGCUGUGGGAAUUGAUACGUUAGACUUGUGCUAGAUGUCCGUGCUCUGAUAGCAGAAUGGUCAGACGUUGCUGUCCAGUCAUUGUGCUCCAGCUGUUCAGCAUUUUUGCACAGGCCAGAGGUAUUACUCAGGAUGUUUUGUAUCCAUAUGGACCGGCUCACAGGGAUCUUGAGACUCCGAAGAUGGAUGAUGGGAGUUCACCUGAAGUUCCCUUGCUCAUCCCCUUCAUUUUCUUCAACGUGCCUUACCGUUCCGUCUAUGUCAACAACAACGGUGUGAUCUCCUUCAGCGUCCAGGUUAGCCAGUUCACACCUGAGGGUUUCCCUCUGAGCGACAGCAGAUCUUUCAUUGCUCCACUUUGGGCAGAUGUGCACAACGGCAUCCGUGGAGAUGUCUACUACAGAGAGACGACGGAUCCUGAACUACUGGAAAGGGCAACUCAAGAUGUCCGCAAGCACUUCAAAAACAUGCCUGGCUUUACAGCCACGUGGGUCUUUCUGGCAACGUGGCACCAGGUUACCUUCUACGGAGGGAGCCAGACAACCCCGGUGAAUACUUUCCAGACUGUACUCAUCUCAGAUGGCGUGGUGUUCUUCAGUAUGUUCAACUAUGGAGAAAUUACGUGGAGCACAGGAACAGCCAGUGGAGGAGAUCCUCUGACGGGACUCGGUGGAACAACAGCUCAGGCAGGCUUUAAUGGCGGAGACAUCGGUCACUUCUUCAACCUACCAGGAUCCCGGUCAAAUGAUGUGGUAAACAUUGAACAGACAACCAACGUAAACAUUCCUGGACGCUGGUUUUUCCGCGUCGACACCGAGCUGAUAGAUCCUGCCAACGGCUGCAGCUACAAUGGACGGUUUUACAGACGAGGAGAGAUCUUCUGGUUGUCGGACCAGUGCUCCCAGCGCUGCCGAUGCCUUGAUAUAAACAACGAGGUGCAAUGCCUGGAGGCUCCAUGUGGGCAGUUUGAGAACUGCGAGCAGCAGGAGGGGGCCUUCUACUGCCAGCCCACCCGCACCAGCACCUGCGUGGUAUUUGGAGACCCGCACUAUCACACCUUUGAUGGCUUCCUCUAUCACUUCCAAGGCACCUGCUCCUACCUGCUGGCCCGGCCCUGCUGGGAGAUGGUGGGACUGCCCUUCUUUAGUGUGGAGGCCAAAAACGAAAACCGCGGGGUCGCCACGGUGUCCUGGUUAAGAGAUGUGACCGUGGAGGUCUACGGUCACAGAGUCAUGAUACCUAAAGGCAGUUUGGGAAGCGUCCAGGUGGACGGCUUGAUGAAGACAUUACCAGUCCAACUGGAGCUCGGUGCAGUAAAGGUGUACCAGUCCGGAGUUGCUGUAGCUUUAGAAACAGACUUUGGACUCCUGGUAACCUAUGACGGCCAGCACUACGCCUCCAUCUCAUUACCAAGCUCCUACUUCAACAACACCUGUGGUCUUUGUGGGAACUAUAACGACGACCCUGCAGAUGAUCCCGUGCUUCCUGAUGGCUCUCUUGCAGAAAGCGUGGUGGAGCUGGGAGGCAGCUGGAGAGCAGAGGACACAGACUGGAGGUGCACAGACGGUUGUGCUCAGAACUGCAGCGUCUGUGACCCUGUUACAGAAACCAUGUACUUUCGCGCAGACUACUGUGGGCUAAUCAACAAAACCGAUGGACCCUUUCGAGACUGCAGAGCCGUAGUGGAUCCCACUGCCUUUGUGUAUAGUUGUGUGUAUGAUAUGUGCAGCAACAGGGAUAACAUCACCACACUGUGCCACGCCAUUCAGGCCUACGCUUUAGCCUGUCAGGCCCUUGGUGUCACAAUACGACCCUGGAGAACUCGCACCUUCUGUGCAAUGUCAUGUCCGGAGUUCAGCCAUUACGAAGUGUGCACAACUGCGUGUCCAGCUUCCUGCUCGGACCUCACCGCUCCCUUGUACUGUGUUCAUCCUUGCACCGAGGGUUGCCAGUGCGAACCCGGCUACGUCCUGAGCGGCAAUCGCUGUGUGCAACAAGACGACUGUGGCUGUGAGCACAACAACCUCUAUUACCCUCUCAAUCACACGUUCUGGGCUGGCCCCGGCGGAGAGGAAGGCGACUGUACCCUCCGCUGCACAUGCGGGUUUGCCGGGGAGGUCUCCUGUUUCAAUGAGUCCUGUAAGGACGGCGAAGUGUGUGUGGCCGAGCUGGGCUUUCUGGGCUGUUACCCUCGGAGGGAGGGAGUGUGCUCGGUCACCCAGAACUCAGUGACAUCCACCUUUGAUGGGACGUUCCUCCUGUUUCCGGACGACAGCUCAUACCACCUCCUGAAGCUGUGUGGUCCGGUACCGGCUAAUGGGUCAGUGGUGGAGGUGAAGAUUGGCAGGCGGCUCAUGAACAAAGGUCCCACUUGGAAGAGACCCGUGAUAGUAACUGUAGCUAACCUCGAGGCACAGAUGGGAGGUACAGACUUUGACACAGUAAAGGUGAAUGGUGAGCCGGUUGUUCUCCCAUUUGUCCAUCCAAUGGAGACAAUGAUGAUCUACAAGGCACCAGGAAAUGCCACUGUGGUAGAGUCCAGAGGUCUGCUCCGCGUCCAUUACACCCGCCAGGGAUUCCUUAACAUCUCCCUCUCCACCAUCUUCUACAACAUCACAUGUGGCUUAUGUGGCGUCUUCAACAGCAACGCCACGGACGACCUGCGCCUGCCCAAUGGUCGGCUUGCAGAAAAUACCGAACAGUUCACAGAGGGGUGGAAAUCGAUUGCAGACGACCUCACCUGCAAUGGGGAAUGUGACGACCUCUAUCGCAUGUGCACAGACCUGCGUCUUUACCAGAGUCCCUGGAUGUGUGGAAACAUCAACGACCCGGGGAAUAGCUCCUUCCUGGCGUGCCACUCAGUGGUCAAUCCUUCACCGUUCUUCAGGAACUGCUUGUACAACAUGUGCGUAAGGGAAGGAAACUGGUCAGCCCUGUGCUCCUCUCUGCAGGCUUAUGCCACAGCCUGUCAGGACGCCCAAGUGGGCCUUGCUUCCUGGAGGAGUGCGACCAACUGUCCUCUUCCCUGUCCAGAGAACAGCCACUUUGAGGAAUGCACCACCGCCUGCCCUUUGACCUGCACCAACCUGGAUGAGCCCGAGGAGCCGUGCCCUCUGCCCUGUCAGGAAGGCUGCCAAUGUGAGGAAGGUUUCGCGCUGCGGGACGGCCUGUGUGUGGCGCGGAGCGACUGCGGCUGCAUGUACCACGGUCACCAGGUAGCCACCAACCAGACCUUCUGGACAGACUGGGAAUGCCAGGAGCGCUGCUACUGCAACGGCUCUGACAACAGCGUCUACUGUCAGCUCGCCCCCUGUCAUUCCGAGGAGUACUGCCAGGAGAAUGACGGCCUUUACUUCUGCCAGCCGCGCACCGAGGCCUUGUGCGUGGUAGCCGGUUACGGACACUUCCUGCCAUUUACUGGCAUGCCCUUUGAGCUUCAGAGCUCCUGCACCCUAAAGAUGGCCACCACCGUCUGUGGGCACAGAGAGCCAGCAGGAGGAGUUUUCCCUCGAUUUAAACUGGCAGUUCGUAACGAGGAACGAGACACUGGGCAAGCAAUCUGGGUGAGGGGCUUCGUGCUGGAGGUCUACGAGUAUGAAAUAGAAGUUUCUCGAAGCUACAAACACACCGUCACUGUCAACAAGGAGCGCCUGUACCUUCCCCUGAAGCUGGGCCCGGCAAAGGUCAACAUGUCCUCCUUGGGGAUGCUGCUCAUUCUGGAGACGGACUUCGGGCUGAAGGUGUCGUAUGACUGGAACACUCUCCUCCUUUUGACUUUGCCCCAGGAUCUUUACAACAGCUCCUGCGGCCUGUGCCAGGGCAUGCCCUUGUCCCCGCCCACGCUAACCGCCACGGACUGGGGCAUGACCUGGGCGGAGAGGGACACCUUCUGCCAGGUGGGCUGCGGCGACUCCUGUCCCCGCUGCGGCCUCGGGGAGAAGGGCGUGUCCAACGCCGCCCCUCUCAUGGUGGCCGACUCCGGCAUGAACGGCGACGGCGAGGACGAGCCGAACGGAGUCGCCACGGGCAUACGCUUCCACGUCGGGGACGGACUCUACGUGUUCGUGGAGCCCGAGGCCGUCAGGCUGUGUGGGCUCAUUGUGGACAGAGGAGGUGCGUUUGCACGCUGUCACAGCAAGGUGGCGCCGGCGUUCUUUUACCAGAGCUGCCUGCAGGACACCUGCUUGGACCAAGGAGCUCAGGACACGAUCUGUAACUGGCUGCAGAUCUACGCCAGCACCUGUCAGACCCAGGGAGUGCCUUUAACCGGCUGGAGGAGCGACACGCCCUGUGAUAACCCGAGUAAAGACAAAAAGCAGUUAGCAUAAAGAAAAUCCGUCCAAAACAAGCUGGCUCUCUGUGAAAAAUGAAAUAACAA